AUGACUAGCCUUUCCGUCCUCGCAGUAUCUGUUGUCCUUCUCGCCUUGUCUGGUGUCAAUGCUGGACCGUGCCGUCCUUCAUCAUCGGUCGUUACAACAAGUCUCGAGACGACUGCCACCCUAACGGAGAUCAGCGAAUUAACAAAGACCCUUGAAUCAACAUCCUUAGUUGAGCCCGAGGUGACCGAGACUCCGACUAUUACACUCUCUACUACCGAGACAACAAGCGCCGCUGCGGAGACCACCGAGACUACCAACAUCACUGCUGUUCCAACUCCCACCACUUCUGAGACUACAACAGCCGCCAUCAGCACAACCAGCGCAGUCCCAGUUCCUGAAACUCAUCGCAGCUGUAUUGUUCUUCCCAAUCCAUACACUGCACCCGAUGGCAGCAGCUUCACAAUUUCAUGCAACAAUCAUGCUGGCGUCUACGGGCCGAUUGAAGAUUACAUCGUUACGAGUUUCGAGGAUUGCCUGCUGAAGUGUACAGAAGAUUCCAUAUGCGUUGGCGUGGAGUAUAUGAAGUCGAUUACCCGCUGCACUACUCUCCUCGCAGCUGGCAGUCCUACAAAUGAUAAUAGCAUCGAUAUGGCAUUGAAAAACUAG